CGGAGUCUGAAGGGUUAAUGAAAGAGAGAGAAACCGAAAGCUGCUGUAAACGGAGAGCAUUCCAGAAAGAGAGCAGGGCGGAUUUCAGAGCUCAGCGCUUUAUAUUUCACCCGGUAUUAAGUGAUGUGGUGCUGAUACCUGGUUUAUUAUAAUCUGUGCCCUGGUCAUGCUUUAAACUGGGAGACUGUGUGGAGCCGAGAGCAGCAGGUCCAGUGUCUAGUUCUGUGAAAAGAGCACAAACACCAGGAUGGAUCCUCCUUACUUCAGCAGGAAGGAAGAAGUAUAUGACAUGAAACUGCAGACAUUUAGAGCAGAACCUCCAGAGCCCAGCUGUGUGUCUCUGAAGAGCAACUAUUCCAUGGAGCAGCCUCAUAAUUUCAGUAAUGAAAGAAGCAGCACUGAUCUGAGACUGCAGACAUUUAGAAUAGACUCUCCAGAGCCCAGCUGUGUGUCUAUGAAGAGCAACUUUUCCAUGGAGCAGCCUCAUAAUUUCAGUAAUGAAAGAAGCAGCACUGAUCUAAGACUGCAGACAUUUAGAGCAGAACCUCCAGAGCCCAGCUGUGUGUCUAUGAAGAGCAACUAUUCCAUGGAGCAGCCUCAUAAUUUCAGUAAUGAAAGAAGCAGCACUGAUGUGAGACUGCAGAAAUUUAGAGCAGAACCUCCAGAGCCCAGCUGUGUGUCUAUGAAAAGCAAUUAUUCCAUGGAGCAGCCUCAUAAUUUCAGUAAUGAAAGAAGCAGCACUGAUCUGAGACUGCAGAAAUUUAGAGCAGAACCUCCAGAGCCCAGCUGUGUGUCUAUGAAGAGCAACUAUUCCAUGGAGCAGCCUCAUAAUUUCAGUAAUGAAAGAAGCAGCACUGAUGUUAGACUGCAGAAAUUUAGAGCAGAACCUCCAGAGCCCAGUGGUGUGUCUAUGAAGAGCAAUUAUUCUAUGGAGCAGCCUCAUAAUUUCAGUAAUGAAAGAAGCAGCACUGAUCUGAGACUGCAGACAUUCAGAGCAGAACCUCCAGAGCCCAGCUGUGUGUCUAUGAAAAGCAAUUAUUCCAUGGAGCAGCCUUAUAAUUUCAGUAAUGAAAGAAGCAGCACUGAUCUGAGACUGCAGACAUUCAGAGCAGAACCUCCAGAGCCCAGCUGUGUGUCUUUGAGGAGCAACCACUCGAUGCAGCAGCCUUACAAUUUCAGUAAUGAUAAAUUUACCACUGAGCUGAGACUGCAGACAUUCAGAGCAGAACCUCCAGAGCCCAGCUGUGUGUCUUUGAGGAGCAACCACUCGAUGCAUCAGCCUUACAAUUUCAGUAAUGAUAAAUUUACCACUGAGCUGAGACUGCAGACAUUCAGAGCAGAACCUCCAGAGCCCAGCUUUGUGUCUAUGAGGAGCAACCACUCGAUGCAGCAGCCUUACAAUUUCAGUAACAAAAAGCUGAGACUGCAGACAUCCGGAGCAGAACCUCCAGAGCCCAGCUGUGUGUCUAUGAGGAGCAACCAUUCGAUGCAGCAGCCUUACAACUUCAGUAACAUCAAAUGUACCACUGAGCUGAGACAGACAUUAAGAGCAGAACCUCCAGAACCCAGCUGUGUGUCUAUGAGGAGCAACCACUCGAUGCAGCAGCCUUUUAAUUUCAGUAACGAAAGAAGCAGCACUGAGCCGAGAGCAGAACCUCCAGAGCCCAGCUGUGUGUCUUUGAGGAGCAACCACUCGAUGCAGCAGCCUUACAAUUUCAGUAACAACAAAUGUACCACUGAGCUGAGCAAUGUAAAGAAUGGAUUAUUCCAGAAUCCAGAGUUCAGGUGUGGAGUGUGUGAGCAGAUUCAGACAGAUCCAGUCUCUAUCACCUGUGGACACAUGUUCUGUAGGCAGUGCAUUAACAGCUACUGGGACCAGUCUGCUCCAUCAGGAGACUUUGCUUGUCCCCGGUGCAAAAAGAGAUCUAAAACACGUCCAGUUCUGUAUCCACUUAUGGAGGAAACCAUGAAGCAGGAUUACUGCCCACCAGUGAAUGAUGACUUACCCACAGUCUUAGAGAAACACAGAACCAGUAUGAAGAACAGGUACGAGAGCUUAUUCGAGGGAUUUAAAACACAGGAGAAUAAAAUUCUGCUGAACAGGAUUUACACUCAGCUCUACAUCAUAGAGGGAGAGAGUGAAGGAGUGAAUGAAGAACAUGAAGUUCUACAGAUGGAGAAAGAACUCUGGAAACAGCUGCAAGAAAUACCCAUUAACUGUUUAGAUAUAUUUAAACCAGUUGAGGGAACUUUAGGUGGAAUGGGAGCAGAGAACAUUAGAGCUUGGAUGGCUGAAGAAAGAAAAGAAGAUGAAGGUAAAGAAGUGCAGAAACUCAGAACUGUGCUGACUAAAGGCAUUGCUGGCAUUGGAAAAACUGUGUCUGUGCAGAAGUUCAUUCUGGACUGGGCUGAAGGAAAAGCCAAUCAGGACGUAGAUUUCAUGUUUGUGCUUCCUUUCCGAGAGCUGAACCUGAUUAAAGGUGAUCAGUACAGUCUUCAUAGACUUCUGUGUGACUUCCACCCUGAGAUCAAAGACCUGCACCCGAACAUAUUUGACCAGUACAAAGCCGUGUUCAUCUUUGAUGGUCUGGAUGAAAGCAGAAUUCCACUGAACUUCUCAGACUGUGAGAAAGUAUCUGAUAUAACGAUGACAUCAUCAGUGGAUGUGUUGAUGACAAACCUCAUCAAAGGAGAACUGCUUCCCUCUGCUCUCAUCUGGAUCACCUCCCGACCAGCAGCAGCCAAUCAGAUCCCAGCUCAGUUCAUCAGCCGUGUGACAGAAAUCCAGGGAUUUAACGACUCCCAGAAGGAGGAGUACUUCAGGAAGAGAAUCAGUGACCAAGAACAAGCCAGCAGCAUCAUCUCACACAUCAGGACGAUACGGAGCCUCCACAUCAUGUGCCACAUUCCAGUCUUCUGCUGGAUCUCAGCCACUGUGCUUCAGAGAAUCAUGAAACAAGGUAACACAGAAAUACCUAAAACACUGACUGAGAUGUACUCCCACUUCCUGUGCACUCAGACGCUCAUGAAGAGUGAGAAGUACGAGGGAAAAGACCAGAGAGAUCUAAUGGAACUGCUGGAGUCCAACAGAAAGAUGCUUCUGAAACUGUCUGCUCUGGCUUUCAGACAGCUGAUGAAGGGCAAUGUGAUGUUCUAUGAAGAGGACCUGAGAGAGUGCGGCAUUGAUGUCACAGAGGCCUCUGUGUACUCUGGCAUUUGCACCGAGAUCUUUAGGGAGGAGUGUGUGCUUUACCAGAAGAAGGUCUACUGCUUUGUUCAUCUGAGCUUUCAGGAGUUCCUGGCUGCUCUCUAUGUGUUUCACUGCUAUGUGAGCAAGAACCUGGAGGAACUGCAGUUUCUGAAGCCUAGGGGUGUUAAGUGGAAAGACAGUGUUCUGUUGGAAGAGCUGCUGAAAGGAGCUGUGCGUAAAGCUGUAAAGAGUGAGAAUGGACACUUGGAUCUGUUUCUCCGUUUCCUGCUGGGAAUCUCUCUGGAAUCCAGUCAGCAGCUCCUACAAAACCUUCUGACACAAACAGUGAGCAGCUCAGAGAGCAUCAAAAAAACAGUCCAGUACAUCAAACGCAUCAUCCAAUCAGAAGAUCUUCCUUCUGAGAGAUUCAUCAACCUGUUCCUCUGUCUGACUGAAAUGAAAGUCCAGUCUUUCUCCAAAGACAUUCAGUCAAAAAAGAAGCUCUCCACCGGAGAGUGUUUAGCACUAGCCCAUAUGAUCCUGAUCUCAGAGGAGGUGCUGGACGAGUUCAACCUGAAGAAUUACUCAACAACUGAGAAGGGCUACAGGAGACUGAUCCCAGCUGUGAGGAACUGCAGAAAGGCUGUAUUAACAGGAUGUAAACUCACCAUGAACUCCUAUGAAACUCUCUGCUCUGCUCUGAAAUCAGUAAACUCACCACUGAAAGAACUGGAUCUCAGUAACACUGAGCUGCAGGAUUCAGGACUGAAUCUAAUCUGUGAUGGGCUGAAGAGUUCAAACUGUAACCUGGAGAUACUCAGAUUACCUGGAUGUAAACUCACCCUGAACUCCUAUGAAUCUCUGUGCUCUGCUCUGAACUCAGUAAACUCACCACUGAAAGAACUGGAUCUCAGUAAGACUGUCCUGCAGGAUUCAGGAGUGGAGCUAAUCUCUGAUUGGCUGAAGAGUUCAAACUGUAUACCGGAGAUAAUCAGAUUACCUGGCUGUAAACUCACCAUGAAUUCCUGUGAAACUCUCUGCACUGCUCUGAAAUCAGUAAACUCACCACUGAAAGAACUGGAUCUCAGUAAGACUGAGCUGCAGGAGUCAGAAGUGGAGCUAAUCUCUGAUGGACUGAAGAGUUCAAACUGUAAACUGGAGAUACUCAGACUAUCUGGUUGUAAAAUCAACAUGAAUUCCUAUGAAACUCUCUGCUCUACUCUGAAAUCAAUAAAAUCAGCAGUGAAGGAACUGGACCUCAAUAACACUGAGCUGCAGGAUUCAGGAGUGAAGCUAAUCUCUGAUGGACUGAAGAAAUCAAACUGUAAAGUGGAGAUACCCGGAUUACCUGGAUGUAAACUCAUCCUGGCCUCCUAUGAAACUCUCUGUACUGCUCUGAAAUCAGUAAACUCACCACUGAAAGAACUGGAUCUCAGUAACACUGAGCUGCAGGAUUCAGAAGUGGAGCUAAUCUCUGAUGGGCUGAAGAGUUCAAACUGUAAACUGGAGAUACUCAGAUUAUCUGGAUGUAAACUCACCCUGAACUCCUAUGAAUCUCUGUGCACUGCUCUGAGCUCAGUAAACUCACCACUGAAAGAACUGGACCUCAGUAAGACUGUCCUGCAGGAUUCAGGAGUGGAGCUAAUCUCUGAUGGGCUGAAGAGUUCAAACUGUAUACCGGAGAUAAUCAGAUUACCUGGCUGUAAACUCACCAUGAAUUCCUGUGAAACUCUCUGUACUGCUCUGAAAUCAGUAAACUCACCACUGAAAGAACUGGAUCUCAGUAAGACUGAGCUGCAGGAGUCAGAAGUGGAGCUAAUCUCUGAUGGGCUGAAGAGUUCAAACUGUAAACUGGAGACACUCAGACUAUCUGGUUGUAAAAUCAACAUGAAUUCCUAUGAAACUCUCUGCUCUACUCUGAAGUCAAUAAAAUCAGCAGUGAAGGAACUGGACCUCAAUAACACUGAGCUGCAGGAUUCAGGAGCGGAGCUCAUCUCUGAUGGACUGAAGAAAUCAAACUAUAAAGUGGAGAUACUCGGAUUACCUGGCUGUAAACUCACCAUGAAUUCCUGUGAAACUCUCUGUACUGCUCUGAAAUCAGUAAACUCACCACUGAAAGAACUGGAUCUCAGUAACACUGAGCUGCAGGAGUCAGAAGUGGAGCUAAUCUCUGAUGGGCUGAAGAGUUCAAACUGUAAACUGGAGAUACUCAGACUAUCUGGUUGUAAAAUCAACAUGAAUUCCUAUGAAACUCUCUGCUCUACUCUGAAAUCAAUAAAAUCAGCAGUGAAGAAACUGGACCUCAAUAACACUGAGCUGCAGGAUUCAGGAGUGAAGCUAAUCUCUGAUGGACUGAAGAAAUCAAACUAUAAAGUGGAGAUACCUGGAUUACCUGGUUGUAAACUCGUCGUGAAUUCCUGUGAAACUCUCUGCUCAGCUCUGAAAUCAGUAAACUCACCACUGAAAGAACUGGAUCUCAGUAACACUGAGCUGCAGGAUUCAGAAGUGGAGCUAAUCUCUGAUGGACUGAGGAGUUCAAACUGUAAACUGGAGAUACUCAGACUGGCUUUAUGUAAUCUUGGAGAACAGUCUUGUGAGUAUUUGGGAUCAGUUUUACAGUCAGAGAACUCCUCCCUGAAAGAGCUGGACCUCACUAACAAUGACCUUCAGGAUUCAGGAGUGGAGCUGCUCUCUGCUGGGUUGAAGAGUUCACACUGUAAACUGGAGAUUCUCAGACUGGCUUUAUGUAAUCUUGGAGAACAGUCUUGUGAGUAUUUGGGAUCCGUUUUACAGUCAGAAAACUCCUCCCUGAAAGAGCUGGACCUCACUAACAAUGACCUUCAGGAUUCAGGAGUGGAGCUGCUCUCUGCUGGGUUGAAGAGUUCACACUGUAAACUGGAGAUUCUCAGACUGGCUUUAUGUAAUCUUGGAGAACAGUCUUGUGAGUAUUUGGGAUCCGUUUUACAGUCAGAAAACUCCUCCCUGAAAGAGCUGGACCUCACUAACAAUGACCUUCAGGAUUCAGGAGUCGAGCUGCUCUCUGCUGGGUUGAAGAGUUCACACUGUAAACUGGAGAUUCUCAGACUGGCUUUAUGUAAUCUUGGAGAACAGUCUUGUGAGUAUUUGGGAUCAGUUUUACAGUCAGAAAACUCCUCCCUGAAAGAGCUGGACCUCACUAACAAUGACCUUCAGGAUUCAGGAUUGGAGCUGCUCUCUGCUGGACUGAAGAGUUCACACUGUAAACUGGAGAUUCUCAGACUGGCUUUAUGUAAUCUUGGAGAACAGUCUUGUGAGUAUUUGGGAUCCGUUUUACAGUCAGAAAACUCCUCCCUGAAAGAGCUGGACCUCACUAACAAUGACCUUCAGGAUUCAGGAGUGGAGCUGCUCUCUGCUGGGUUGAAGAGUUCACACUGUAAACUGGAGAUUCUCAGAUUGUCUGGUUGUUUGGUCACAGAGGAAGGAUGUUCUUCUCUGGCUUCAGCUCUGAGUUUAAAUCCAUCACAACUGAAAGAACUGGAUCUGACCUACAACCACCCUGGAGAGUCAGGAGUGAAUCUGCUCUCUGCUCUACUGGAGGAUCCACACUGCAGCCUGGAGACUCUCAGGUUGGAAUAUGCAGGUGAAACCUGGAUGAAAUCAGGAUUUAAAAAAUACGGCUGUGAUCUCACACUGGAUCCAAACACAACGAACAGAGAGCUCUCUCUGAGUGAAGAGAACAGGAGGGUGGAGAGAGGAGAGAGGCAGCCGUAUCCUGAUCAUCCAGAGAGAUUUGAUUACUGGCCGCAGGUUCUGAGUAGAGAGAGAGUUACUGGACAUUGUUACUGGGAGGCUGAGUGGAGCAGAGGAGGAGGAGCUGAUGUAGCUCUGAGUUAUAAAACCAUCAGCAGGAAAGGACUCGGUUCAGACUCUCGGUUUGGAGGGAAUGAAAAGUCCUGGAGGCUGGAGAUCAUUAAUAACAGUUACUCUGUUCAUCACAAUAAUAACAGAACUGCUCUCCCUCCUCCUCCCUCUCCCUCUAACAGAGUAGGAGUGUAUGUGGACUGUCCCGCCGGCACUCUGUCCUUCUACACCAUCUCCUCUAAUACACACACACCCUCCUCACACACACCCUCCUCACACACACACUCCUCACACACACCCUCCUCACACUCACACUCACACACACCCUCCUCCUCACACACACCCUCCUCACACACACCCUUACACACACACUCCUCACACACACCCUCACACACACACACACACACACACUCACACACACCCACACCCUCACACACACUCACACACACACCCUCCCACACACACUCCUCACACACACACACCCAAACACUCACACACCUACACACAUUCUACACCACAUUCACUGAACCGCUCUAUGCUGGGUUUUAUGUUUAUUCUGGCUCCUCAGUGCGUCUGUGUGAUAUAGAAUAGUGUGUGUGUGUGUGUGUGUGUGCGGGAGAGAGAGUGUGUGUAAAAGGUAUUUCUAGAAUAAAAAUCUUACUUCUUUCAACUACAUCUUUAAUAAUCUACAGUUUCAAUAUAAAAUAUUACUGAUAAUUAUUCAGUGUUCUGAUUACCGAUCGAUUUUGCUUUUUGAAUGAUAUUAUGUGUGAUUGUCCCUUUUAUUAGAUAUUUAUUAUUUUGGGUUUAUUGACUUUUAUUGAUAGUUUCUGUAAAGUUGCUGAGAGAGUGUUUUAUAUAUGUUUAAUAUUAAUAUAUGUAUUUAUAUUGACUGUUUAUGUUUGUGUUGAUCUAUUGCUAAAAUAUUUGAAAAGUUAAUUAAAUUAUGAUGUUAUAUUUGAAUAUGUCUGAAAUAAAUGU